UUUGCACCUUGGGCAUCAGGCGCACUGAAUAUUGUGCCGUGCCGUAGUUCGCCUUAUUUGCCAACGAUAAAUCGUGUUACGGGACUGAUGCUUUGUAAUAAUACAAAUAUUGCUAGUAUUUUCCAACAAAAUCUGAAUCAGUGCGAACUUCUGCUCAGAAAGAAAGCGUACUUGGAUCAGUUCCUCAGGGAAGAUCCUGACAUUGUUGCGGCGUUAAACGAUGCUGUGGAACGUGUUCGUGAAACCACUGCAUUAUACAGAAAGGCGACGGAACCUGAUUUCCUUGAAUCAGAGUGA